AUGGGCGGAAAUAUGGAGGAACAUUCAGAGCCGCUCCUCGACUCUGCGCGCGCCAGCUCCCCAGACAUGGAAGACGGCACCAUGCGAGAGAAGUCAUACACUUGCACCGGAUUCUACGAGAAGAAAGCCUUCAUAUGGGCCUCGGCGAUGUGGUUCACCGGCUCAUUACUCCUCUUCGCGUCCGCGCUUCUUCUGCACACUCGGUCACGUGGCGGGCAUUUCGAGAUAUAUUCACCCGUGCAAGACCACAUCCGCUACAAGACUGUCGUUUUCGACGGCUCACUCGGAAAGAAGUCAAUAUACAUGGAAGAUCCCUCACCAGCGGUCGACGCAGCAUGGGAAGACCUCUACGACUUUGGCAUAUCCUGGCUCCACCCCCACGAAGCUUCCCUCCUCCCCAAUGCAACCGCCCGCCUCUACGAGCAACCGCAAAACUACGUCACCGGCCUCGACGUCUUCCACCAACUGCACUGUCUCAACCUGCUGCGCAAGCGGCUAUACCCGGCCUACUACGUUAACGACACGGACGUGCACUUCGCUCACUGUCUUGACCAGCUGAGACAGAGUAUCAUGUGUAGUAGUGACACGGCGACGAUACCGUGGAGCUGGAGUCGGAGUAAGAAGAGGUUGGUGGCGAGCGCGGAGACAGUGCACAUGUGUCGGGAUUUCGAGGGGGUGAGGGGGUGGGCUAGGGGGCGGAGGGUGGAAGGGGGGUUCAGGAAGGAUGUGUAUGUGGAGGGGAGUGCGAUUAGUGAUUGA